AUGACUAUCAAUGAUAUAAAGGGUGAGCACGAGCUCAACAGAAGCCUCCGAAGCAAUGAGCAUCAUUGCAUCACUCGAGCAGCUUUGCAAAGACACACGACCCAAAAAAAAUCAAAACAAAACAGAAAAAGAAUAAUUGACAAUUUCCUUACUACAAGGCAUCUCUGUCCAGCAGCCUUCAAGCCCUCAACGCCCGUUGUCGCACAAGCGGCUUGACUCUGCACCCGGAGUGCCAACUGUCCUUACUCCAACGCAGAAAGGAAAACUUGUGGUUGAUAUUCGAAACUCGAGCAUGCCUCAACCUUUUGAACACCAGGGUGUAGAGAGAAGGAAGACUCAAGUGGUUCAAACCUGAACCCGCUACUAGUAGCAACGAAUUGGCUUUCAUAUGAGAUGGCCCCCCCUCAUAGCAGCAUCUGAACUUCUUUAGAACAAGCAGGAUUGCUUGGCCAACACCACUGCUAAUAUGGCACUUGUAUGAUUGACCCGUGUUGACCUGGCUAGAGCCCCCCUCAUCACAUCUCGAUGAGAUGCUGGUUUUCUUUGGUUUUUUCUUCCUUUUUCAUCGCCUCAAAUUUGCGCAUGCCUAUCAUACAGUAUCAAAUCCGCUAAGCACAAAAGGGAGCACCGGUUAGCUGCUAGCAAAAAAAUUGAGCAGACCAUCAUCUCCACCUCCGUGGGAGCGCUCGUUCAGGAUGGUUUAAUAGAACAGCACGGUAAGAGCGGUAAGAGUAUUCAUUAGGGGCGUUUAUUCCAGUCAGAUAUUGCAGUGUAGUUGCCCUGUAAUGAGAGCGAGUCGAGGGGAUAAUUAUCCUAGAAAACCAGGAAGGCUGUUCUAGUUGUAAAGUCCUUAUCCAUUUUACCAUUGAAAGGGUAUCCAACUCGAGUACCAAUACUGUGAGAUUCAGUUUUUCUAAUCAUCUUGAACGCUGUCAUCCUAGAACCGAAAUGGCAGCAGGUUUGUAAAGAGAAGGGCGUUCCAUCCUGGGCGAAUCAUUCGCCCCAUA